GGCGCGGUGAGUCAGAGCGCACAGUAAAUAUUUGUAUUAGCCGGGGCCGGCUAGCUAAUGGUGGACGCGUGAGGCUAGCGCGCAGGGAGGCCGGAGAGGGCUGCGCGGCGGCGCCAUGUCCGUAAACAUGGACGAGCUCAAACACCAGGUCAUGAUCAACCAGUUCGUGCUGACGGCGGGCUGUGCGGCCGAUCAGGCGAAGCAACUGCUGCAAGCGGCCCACUGGCAGUUCGAGACCGCCCUCAGCGCCUUUUUCCAGGAGACCAACAUCCCCUACAGCCACCACCACCAGAUGAUGUGCACUCCCGCCAACACCCCUGCCACGCCCCCCAACUUCCCUGAUGCCCUCACCAUGUUCUCCCGUCUCAAGGCCUCUGAAAGCUUCCACGGUGGUGGCAGCAGCGGCAGCCCAAUGGCCACGUCGGCCACGUCACCCCCACCGCACUUCCCCCAUGCCACUGGCAGCUUUGCAACACCCAGCUGGCCAACAGCAGCCUCGCCCCCAGGAGGCCCACAACACCACCAGCCGCAGCCGCCCCUGUGGACGCCGGCACCCCCUUCCCCGACUUCAGACUGGCCUCCCCUGGCUCCCCAACAGGCCACCUCAGAACCAAGGGCCCACCCUGCAAUGGAGGCAGAGAGAUAAGGGAGGCCCCUCCCCCCUCCCGGAGGCCAGAACCCCGUGGGGUGGGGGAGAGGAUGUCUCCGUGGGCCCUUUCACCCCUCCUCUGUCUGCACCCCCAUACCCCAGAGCCCUGGAGGGAAGAGACUGGACUCUAGCCAGACAGUCUUGUGCCAGCAUGCACAGCUGCAUGCACGCAAGUUCACAGCACAGUCACCCCCAGCUCGCAUGGAUCUGACUCAAGUGGUUUGGGUGCCUGGUGGGCAGCACCUUGGAGACCAAGCAGCCAUCUCAGUGAAGACUUACCUGCCUGGCCUCACCACCUGGAGUGUUUCAGAGCAUCACUUGGUGGCAGACACAUGGCUGACUCCUGUCUUGGGGCCAGUAGGCCUAGAUCCCUACCCUUGGGAAUGCAGAGCCUCCUCCGCAUGUGUGCGUGUAGCUGUGUCAUAUGUAUUUAUAUGUAUGUCACUCUUCUAAAGCAACCUAGUUUAUGGGGCAACUGGACUUUGCAUGUUAGAGUGAGCCCCAAGCCCCUUGGCCCACCACCCUGUUGUCUGAAGGGCCCUGCUUCACUCCACCUUCUUAUCUGCCAGGAUUGCUUUUUCCUGCAAAGGAUCUUGGGAAACUCCAGGACUCUUCUACCCAGCUCCUGCCUGCAAGGGUUCCCUGCAUGCCUCUUCCCCAGAGCCCAGGGGUACCUGGUCCCCAUUUCCUACUCCUCUUUUAACAAAUGAGAAAAGAAUUCCAAACCACCA